AUGAUCUGCGUGGAUCUGAACAAUGUACAUGCCGCAUGCCAAGCCUUGAAGCCUGAAGGGGCCGUACAGUGGGAAAAGAGCGUUAGUGGAGAGAGCUGCAGUUCCGCUAAGGGCGGCAGACUCCCAGCUGCAGUCAUGACAGUUUGGAAUCGAACGCUUGUGCGAGGUUGUCUCUCUCUCUCGUUCUCUCACAGGUGCUUGGCCCUGGCCGUGGUGGCGCUUCAGGUCUUCUCCACCCGUAUUCAGAAGAUGCUGCAAGCAGAUGCUAAGGAUUUCCUCAUGGAUUGCGAUCCUGCCAUCAUCGGACCUUUGCAAAGCUAUGUCUGCGAAGCUACGAAAGCCUUUGUUCGGUGCUUUCCACCAGUGUCCAUUGUCGUGGCGUUGAUGGUGGCAUCACAACUUAUCUUGUGCCAGCGAUUGUUCUACCUCAUGAUCCGGCAUAAAGUCCUGGUGGACUUCCAGAACUUAGCACCUUACAAGGACCCAAUGUUCUGGUGGGUCAUUAUCACAUGUGUGCUGGCGCUGUCCCACUUCAUCUUUCAUAUGCUUUGUGCCGAGAAGAUGCACGCUGAACACCACAAUCUCCAGGCUUUGCUUGAUGGUCUCAAGAAGGAUGCCGUGUUCUUCGGCUUGCCUGCGGUUUUCUAUAUCAUCUUCCUGUACAUGUCCUACGACGUUGAGUGGCUACUCUUGCCGCUCUCCAAGUUCUGGGAGGAAGACCCUGUCUGGGCACAGGAGGUGUCUUCCGACUUGGCAUUCAUCACGGAAAAUGUGGCACGGAGAACUGUUCUUCACGGUUCGUCGGAGGCAGCACUCACAGUAGAGGACAUUGCCGAGUCACUGUCUGUCUCUGCACAGCAGGUGCCAGAGAGUGAGAUCAACGACUCCAGAGUGGGGUUGCUUCCGCGGUCAGGCAGUAGAAAGCCGGCUGGUUGGAUAAGUGAGCAGCGGCAGCAACGACUGCAAAAGACUGGCAAGUCCACCGGAAAGAUCGGGCUCGGCCAAUUCAGGUCGGGAUUGAUUACACGGUCUUGGAUUGCCGAUCUCCUGCUGGACUACAGAUUGGUGGACUCAAAGAGCCGUGAGUUUCGACUCGCGUGGAUUCUUUGGGUCGGCAUCACAUGCCUCGCUUGCAUUGCUGCCGUUACCUUGCUGGCACUCCAGAUCGCGAAAGAUGUUCAAGAUAUCAUCCGUGGUCAGAAUGCUGACAUUGUUGGCACCGUGGUCACGAGCGUGAAUGUCCUGUGCAUGGUCGCGGUCGUCCUGAGAUACCUUUACGAAGUCCUGCCGUGCUGCGCUACACGUGCCGCAUAA